CUUCGUCCAUAGCUCAGCGGUCGUACGCAGUAAGUUUACGUCUGAGGGGGCGGUGCCCAUUUUGUGGCGUGACGCAUUGAUUGACUGAAGAGGCACGUGUUAAAAGGUAUCGGUCCGGGCAGGUUGCUAACAGAAGGCGAUACACAAUCGAAGUGACAGGGAUUUAAACGUUCUCGGGGAAGCUCCGCAUACAAGAAAGGGAAAUAAGGAUGGAUUUAUUUGAAGUGUUAGAAAACGCAACCAAAACAUCUAAUCUGCCGGUCAACCCAGUACAUCUACCCGACGCUAGAUUGAUGGAAGCCGCCCAGAAGUCUGAACGCACUAAUCAAAUUAUGCCAAUCUUGAAGGAGGAGCUACGCGCCCGCAUAAUGCUCCAGCGGUUGAAACGUGGGCAACCGACAAUCAAGACGGACGCAGAUCAGCCAAUCCAGUAUGAGCUUACUUCCGAGGAGCUUGAAAAGAAAAGACGUCGUCGACAACAGAACCGCGAGGCUGCCAGGCGAUGUCGGUCCCGGAAACGACAGUGUCGCGACAAUUUAGUGAAGAAGUUUGAAGAAAUGGAAAACAGACGAUUGAUUCUGGAAAAAGAAGUUGCUGAGUUGAGACGGGAGAAACGGGAACUUGAAUCUCGACUUCGAGAUCAUAUGUUGUCUCGUCAGUGUCACUUCGGGCACGAUACACACGACCCUUCGCCUAACAUCAAUGAGAACAUGCCUUUAAUGGUGGAUCUCGAACCCUGCAUGAGCCUAGCUUACGAGGAGAGCCUGUUUGAGCCAUGGCAGUAUAAACCGGAUGUUGAUUCAACUUGUACUGACAUUCCUCCUUUUUCGGAGCACCAGUAUGCAGAUGCAGAUGAUCUGUUGUCGGGCAAUGAGUCGGCGUUUGAUUUGGACAUUGGUAAUUGGGAAGACGUGUAACAGUCUUAAUGCCGGACCAGAAGAGAUUGUGGUUAGGGCAGUGAUUGACAUUGAUAUUAUCCUCAUUUUGUUUCGCAUCGUUUGCUGUGUUAUUAACUGCAAUUGUAAGACUUAAAGAAGGUGAAAGUUAACUAUCAUGAUGGAUAUUCAGACCUGUAAUUAUUUACACUGUACAUUAUAUGCUAUUUAUAAAAAAAAAAUUCGAUUAAUUUUGAAACCAAAACCCACAUUGUUCUUUGUAUUUUUCCUGUGACUUCAACUAAGAUUGCAGACUUGAGAAAAAUGCUACUUUUAAACUUCGGUAUAAUCAUAACCAGGACGUAUUAUAACUGUUACAAAAGACAUGAUGUUCUGUGCCUUUAUGUGUUAUUUCGUCUACAGAUUAAAAGAAAUAAACUCAAUAUAAGUUAUAGACACCAUACAAUUUGCCAUGUUCAUUUGACAGUUUUGUACCUCUAGCAUGUAUUGUUUCAUUAAAAUAAUUUUGU